AUGGCCAAGUUAGGGAUUGAAAUUCUGAUUAGGAAAAUGUUGAAGCCCUCAGCUCCUGCCCCAAAUGAUCUUCGGAGCCUCAACCUCUCCUUGUUUGAUCAGCUGGCUCUUCGUGUAUAUGUGUCAAUACUCUUAUGUACUGCUGAAACAUCAUGUAAUAAGCCUCAACAAUCUUUGACCCACACUCUAACUAAGUUUUAUCCUCGGGCAAAAAGAUUUAGAGAAAAUGAUCAUCAACUCUCAGUUCAGUGCAAUGAUAAAGGUGUUGAGUAUGUUAAAACCAAAGUCAACGCGGGUCUUGCUGAAUUUCUCCCUGAAGGACCCGAUAAUCGACUACCAAGUCCAAUACUUGGGACCACAAAAGAUUGUCUCCCAAUUGGUUUGGGUCAUUCUUCCCCACAAGAGAGCUAUCAGGACCUUAAUAUUCGCCACCACCUCCCAAAAUGUAGUACUACUCGCCCUAAGAUGGUUACAAAGAGGUUUGUCUUUGAUGCUUUGGCAAUAACAAACCUCAAAAAUACAAUCCAAGAUUCAACUGCCAGCAGUAGCAGGCGGCCUACUAGAGUGGUGGUUCAUUUUUGA